AUGCGUCAGCAAAAUCUAUUUUAUGAAGAUAGACUUGUUGGUGCUUCCUUACGGCAGAAAUUUUCGAUGCUCUAUUCUCAUCCUGUGACAUGCCGAAUUUUUUACAAUGGAAGUGUAGAUUAUUAUGAAAAUUUGGAUAUAAAUGAAAAUGACAUUCAUAUUCAAUGCAUCCAAGCAUUGGUAAAGAUGAUUCUCAUGACUCCAGAUGAUAAAUAUGAUCCUUCACAUGCAUUUUCAAUUCUUAAUUUCUAUCCUGAUGCAACUGUGAAAAAUGCUAUUGAAAAAUUAAAAGAUACGGGAGCUAUAGUUAAAGUGAAGGGCGGAUCUGACCGAAGAGUUCCUGGUCGGGGCUACCAAUUUUCCGACAGGUUUAUUUCAGUUAUAUCAGGAAGUUUACCUGAUCGUAUGUUUUCGCAGGCCAUAACUUGUCAUAAAAAGUUGACUAUGGCAACAGUAUUUGACCAAUUUUCAGAUAGUGGAGACAUGGCUUGUUUAUUGGAUAAAUUAUCUGCGGGCAAG